AUUUAUCCGAAAAUUUUAUUGUAAUCCUGUUUCGUAUAACCAAACAAAAGCAAUGCUGAAAAAUCUACUAUUAACAGCUGAAAAUGCGAUAAAAGAAUUUCAUCUAGGACCAAUUACGAAUUUACACAAAAAAGAGCCAAAUUUUGUCUAUGAGGUGCUAGAUUUGGGGCCAACGAAUACUUCUACGUUGACUAUUGAAUUUAACAAAUUCGAAGCUUUUUUCUGUCCUCUUGAACUGGAAGAAAAAAUGUGGGAAACACUCUGCACGAUGGAGAAGCUGGUCCUGCUGAAAGUUAACAAAUACUCUUUCAGCCUGGACCAAAUACUGAGCCUUUGUUGGCGCCUGGAGUGUUUGAAACACGUAGAAGUCAAAGUCUCUCCUCAACAUCCGCAUCCGUUCCAGGACGUCCCAGGAAAGUCGUUCCUGGAACUGUUGAAAAUGUGCUUGGGGCGUUUGCGCGUCUUCAAUUUCUCGACAGUGCCGAGCAUUGAGAAUCGCAGCUCCGAAUUCCAUCAAGCAAUGGUGCAAUUCUUCGUCCAGCACCGGCCAAAUUUGGAGGAAUUAGGGGACCGCCAUUGCUUCGCGGACAUGACGAUGGCUUGCCAGCGACAGAGGGAAAUUUCUCGCCUGCAUAACGUGUCUGUUCUUUUGGACAGCACAAAACGGAUUCCAAGCAACAAUUUUAGAAUGUUUCCCUACAUCGAACAUCUCAAUAUCAAAUGGGAUGACCCUGUAAACUGCCCGCCGAUUCAGGAGUUUUAUUUUAAACCGCUGUUAAGCUUCCCAAUGCUGACAAAACUGCAGUUUUUUAAUCUGACCUCACUCGCCACCUUGGAAUUUUUCCUGGAACACUACGGGCACCAACUGGAAAUGCUGAACGUGGAGCUGAAUCCGCGAACCACAAACCACGUGAGGAACGUACGCUUUUCGAUGAUUCGAAUUCUCUGCCCGAAACUGCAAACGCUCGUCAUGACCAAAAUCGCCAAUCCUGUCGACGACUCUGUCUGGUCGUUUUCCCAAUUUGCACACCUUCACGCGCUCUAUUUGGACGUGGAGUGCAGCUGGAAUGACGUGCCUGUCCGUCUCUCCGACAUCCUGAUGGCACCAAAUCUCAGAAAAGUGAUUCUGUGUUCCCUUCACGUGAGCGAGGAGCAGUUGCAAAAAGUGUCCGAUAUGAUUGAAAACGGCAGCAUUUUGAGGCAUAUCGUUUCGUUUAUUUUGAUCAUCAAUCCAGUAAGGUCCGAUAAUGAAAAAAAGUUGAGUGUUGCUGGUUGUCGGUUGAGAAAUGUGAUGCAGGAAUAUCGGCCUGAAGCUUUUUUCAAGUUUAAGGUCAUGAGCAUGGUUUAGCGUCGUCAAUGCAAUCUUUAAAAUUCUACUGUAGUAAAAUGAAAAAAACAAUUAAAACUAAUUAAUGAACAAAAACUUUCAAUCAAGGAAUGUAAACAAAUAAGUACUUUUGGAUUUAAAACUAAUUAUUCUGUUUAAAAAUAAUGUUAAAAUAGAAAUUAAGUCAUGAUCGUCAUUUUUGACACAAAUUUGAAAUAAAGAGGCUGGAAUAGAAGUCUCAUUACCUCAUUCGUGUGAAUGAUUUCAAAAUCGUCGUGAAAAUUAAAUUUUUUUCAAAGAGAUCAGUCGGAAUAAAUUUCUAAAAUAAAGCGUCAUUCGAAAUUGUAAUCAUAUUUAAAAAAAACUUUGUAAAAUAAAGAAUGUGAAUUUGAAAAGAAUA